GUCUUCUUGUGGGAACCCUAGAUGCAGUGUUGGAUUCUACAUCAAAAGUGGCCCCAUUUCGCAUUCUGCAUCAGACACCAGAUUCUCAAGUUUACUGGUCCAUUGCUUGUGGAGCCAGCAGAGAAGAAAUAACAGAACACUGGAACUGGUUGGAACACAAUGUUAUGAGCACUUUAUCUGUUUUUGAUUCAAAUGAGGAUAUUACAAGCUUUGUCCAGGGAAAGAUAAGAGGUUUGAUUGCUGAAGAGGGAAAAGGUUCUUUUGUAAAGGAAGAAGAUCCUGAGAAGUUUCGUGAAGGUCUUAUGAAAUUUGAAAAGUGUUUUGGAUUACCGGAGCAAGAGAAGUUGGUUACCUAUUACUCAUGCAGUUACUGGAGGGGCAGAGUGCCUUGUCAAGGAUGGCUUUAUCUUAGUACCAACUUUCUUAGCUUUUACUCAUUUUUGUUGGGAGCAGAAAUAAAACUCAUUAUCUCAUGGGAUGAAAUAUCAAAGCUUGAGAAGACUUCCAAUGUGAUUCUGACAGAGAGCAUUCAUGUGUGUUCCCGUGGGGAAGAUCACUACUUUUCCAUGUUUUUGCACAUUAAUGAAACGUUUCUUCUCAUGGAACAGCUUGCAAACUAUGCUGUUAGGAGGCUUUUUGACAAAGAGACAUUUGAAAAUGACCUAGUCCUUCAUGACCCUUUGCAGAUCACCAAGAGAGGUCUGGAGAGCCGUGCCCACAGUGAGCAGUUUAGCGCGUUCUUCAGGCUGCCCAAAGAAGAGACUCUGAAGGAAGUUCAUGAGUGCUUCUUAUGGGUUCCUUUCAGUCAUUUCAACACCCAUGGGAAAAUGUGCAUUUCAGAAAACUACAUCUGCUUUGCUAGCCAGGAUGGCAGCUCGUGCAGUGUGAUCAUUCCAUUAAGAGAGGUUGUGGGAGUGGAUAAGGCAGAUCCAACCAACAGGGGAGUCAGCAUUAGUACCAAAGGAAAAACAGCUUUUCGUUUUACUGAGGUUAGAGAUUUUGAACAGCUUGUGGCAAAGCUCAGAAUCAAAUGUGGUGCAGCUUCAAGUCCACAGCGCAUCGUAAAUACGGAGACUGCAGCUAGUUCUGACUCUGGCAAUCCAAUGGAUUUGGAUGAGGGACAGUCAAAGACGGGUCAGAGGGAUAACAGCAAAACUGUCAGUACGGAAGCCCUGAUGACUGUCUACCAUCCUCAGGAUGCUGAAAAUCUAGACUCUAAAAUGUUGAAAGAAAAAAUGAAAGAACAGUCCUGGAACAUCCUCUUUGUUGAGCGGGGACAUGGUGUCAGUAUGUUUCGGACCAAGAAGACUCGAGACCUAGUUGUAAGGGGGAUUCCAGAGUCCUUAAGAGGAGAACUCUGGCUGCUCUUCUCAGGUGCUGUAAAUGAUAUGGCAUCCAAUCCUGGUUAUUACACAGAGUUGGUGGAAAAGUCCUUAGGAACAUGCACUUUAGCUACAGAUGAGAUUGAACGAGAUUUGCGUCGUUCCUUACCUGAGCAUCCUGCUUUUCAAAGUGACACAGGAAUUUCUGCACUAAGGAGAGUCCUUACUGCUUAUGCAUACAGGAAUCCCCAAAUUGGAUAUUGUCAGGCAAUGAAUAUUUUGACAUCAGUGCUUCUGCUGUAUGCUAAGGAGGAGGAAGCCUUCUGGCUGUUGGUUGCUGUCUGUGAAAGAAUGCUGCCUGAUUAUUUCAAUCGCCGAAUUAUUGGUGCCUUGGUAGAUCAGGCAGUGUUUGAGGAGCUCAUCAGAGUUCAUCUGCCUCAGUUGACAGAUCACAUGACGGACAUGACAUUUUUCUCCUCGGUCUCUCUCUCCUGGUUCCUUACCCUUUUUAUCAGUGUGCUGCCUAUUGAAAGUGCAGUCAAUGUGGUGGACUGUUUCUUCUAUGAUGGAAUAAAGGCAAUCUUGCAGCUCGGCCUUACAGUACUGGACUACAACAUUGAAAAGUUGCUUUCUUGUAAGGAUGAUGCUGAAGCAGUGACUGUCCUCAACAGGUUUUUUGACAGUGUCACCAACAAAGACAGUCCUUUGCCUCCCACAGUGCAGCAGGGCUCCAACCUCAGCAAUACAAAGAGUGACCACCCAAAAGUGGACAUUACUGAUCUGAUCCGAGAGUCAAAUGAAGUAUGUGUUCUUAUUGUGG